AUGCUCCGGGACUCGGCACGUGGCCGAGCGGCUGCCACGUCCCUGCCCCAGCCCGUCCUGGUUGUGGAGCCUGGGGAGUUGGUGGAGAUCGAAUGCGAGGUCAGAGACCUGGAGAGCAAAUCCCAAGUGUCCUGGUACCGGCGUGGGACGGGUGGACCUGAGCUGGUCCUGGAUUGCACGAGCAGCACCAAAGAGGGGUUCUCCUGCACAUUCAAGCAGCACAGUGUCACCCUGCACAUCGCCAGCGCCCGCCCCGACGACUCCGGCCUCUACCUGUGCGCCUUUCGCAAACCUGUGUACCUGAAUUUCAGCUGCAGCACCGCGCUGCUGGUGGGAGACAGCUGGAAGGCCGGCAGCUGGGUGCGGGUUCUGGCACCCCACGGGACCCCCCCCACCCGCUCAAACCUGGUCUGUGCCGUGGGUGGCACCGCCGGCCCUGUCCUUGUCUCCUGGCAGGGGGGGGCCGGGAAGGUGCUGGGGCUGGGGGGUGGCAGGAAGCUGCUCCUCAGCCCCAUGGGCACGGCCGGGGGGGCCGGGGGGCUCUGUGAGGUGCAAUUCAACUCCUCUGGUCCCCCCGUCCGCAGGAGCGCCGAGCUGCGUGGGUCCCUGGGUGAGUAG